GGCGCGCCAACCCAGAGACCAUCAGCAGGUGAGCAGUGAGAGAAUGGACGCUGAAAGUGUUGCGCAAAACAGUGAGCGACAAAUGGAGGCCACUUCAUUCCCGUUAUCAGUGACUACCGAGUGGCUGGAGGACGGAAACGAGACGACUGAGAAUCAGUUCCAGCAACCCGACUGGCAGGUGGCUCUGUGGGCUAUAGCCUACUCCCUGAUUAUUCUGAUUUCUGUCACUGGGAAUGUAACGGUAAUCUGGAUUAUCCUCGCUCACCGACGCAUGAGAACUGUAACCAACUACUUCAUAGUCAACCUGGCCUUCUCUGAUGUUUCCAUGGCAACCUUCAACACGCUCUUUAACUUCGUCUACGCGCUGCACAACGACUGGUACUUCGGCUUGGGCUACUGCCGGUUUCAGAACUUCUUCCCCAUCACUGCCAUGUUUUCUUCCAUUUACUCCAUGGCUGCUAUAUCAGUGGACAGGUACAUGGCCAUCAUCCAUCCAUUAAAGCCCCGCCUCUCCUCCACCUCCACCAAGGUUGUGAUUGGUGUGAUUUGGGUUGUAGCAUUUGCAUUGGCUUUCCCUCAGUGCUACUACAGUGUGACCAGGUUCUACUAUCCUCGAACUGUCUGCAUGGUCGACUGGCCAGAUGAUUAUGGAGGAACACAUCAACUCAGUUACCAGCUGGCAGUGAUAUUGUUGAUCUACCUGCUCCCCCUGCUGGUGAUGCUGGUGACCUACAGUUUGGUUGGUCGAACGCUGUGGGGUGGCCACAUUCCCGGAGAGGCAAAAGACCAUUACCACAGCCAGAUAACAGCUAAGAGAAAAGUAGUGAAGAUGAUGGUCGUCGUGGUGAUGACCUUUGCCCUUUGCUGGCUGCCGUACCACAUCUAUUUUAUAUUAGGAUCAUUCAACAAAGACAUUUAUAAACAACACUACAUUCAACAGGUAUACCUGGCCAUAUUCUGGUUAGCUAUGAGUUCAACGAUGUAUAAUCCUAUCAUUUACUGCUGUCUAAACCAAAGGUAA